GGGAUCGACUGCGGGGAGCAGAAGUUCGCGAUUCUUCCGUCCGCACCCCUAAUUUGAAAGCCGUUUACCAAAAAGAGCAUCGGCAUAUCACCCGCAGCAUCUUAUCAGCUCUCCGCUUGAUAAAUUGUGAUGAGACAAAAUUUGCCAUUUUGUUGCCAUACCGAUUCUUUGUUACCAGUGGAGCACUCCUAGGUCAAGCUUAGCGUACAUAACACACUAUUCCCAAACAGGCUCAUGACCACGACGUGAUUUCACCUUCGCGUUGACAAACCAAUUCUGGGCACUUCAUCAACCAACCUCAUCUCUUCAUCACCGCAUUUCAUAAUAACGUUACCUACCUUGCACAUAGGCAUGAUCUGGCCACAGCAAUGUCGGAUGAUCCGCCCCGUUCUCCCGGUAAAACAGCAUCGGGCCAGCCCCGCAAACCCCGGACCAAGAGCUUCUCGGGCUGUUGGACAUGUCGCGCCAAGCAUGUGAAAUGUGACGAAGCCAAGCCGGAAUGCAAUCGUUGCCAGAAGGCUGGCAUUGAGUGUGAAGGCUAUGGUGUUAGGAUAUCGUGGGCUUCGGUGAGGAACCCGACGACCUUUAGGAGAGGAGGGAGGAGGAGAAAGGCUGCUGCAAGACUGCGCCAAUCAAGAGACUUGGACUCCAUUGGGGAGAGUCUUUCUGAGCAAGAUGGCCCAUCAUCCAACGGCCCAGAUGAGAGUGAUCAAGGUGACGGGCCUUCGAAUGAGGCAUCUUCAGACUUACCGUCCGAAGCUCAAUCUAACAGUACGCCGUUCUUCCUUGAUCAACACUUUCCUCUCAGCCAGGGUCCUUUCACCGACCAUUUGAACACAAGGAUAUUCCAUUCCUAUGAACUCUUGGGUCAAGGCCUGACGACAGGUCCUCCGUAUGCCUCUCUUCAGACUGCGCAACCUCAGCUUCCCAUGCUGCAACUCUUCGACCAAAACCCUAUUCCUCAAGAUGACAUCAAUACUCAUGGCACUUCAACACCUGUCAGUCUCGGGGAUCUCAGUACAGGUUCUCUACCCUUGCCUGGUGUAUCAGAACUUAUCUCUCACGCAUCGUCGCCAGUCAAUACCCCAGGCCCGAGACGCAGAAUCACACGUCACCUUGAUAUUCUUCCUGAUCCAGCUCUUCACUGCGAGCUUUUGCAACAUUGGACGCUCAGCCUUUGUGACUCUCUAAAUCCAGUACCUGGCCCUCUGAACCCUUUGCGGAGCGCAAUGAUGCCCAUCGCCCUUGAAGGAAGCCGCACAGACUCGGAAAAGUCAACAGGCGCAACGGCGUUGUUCCACUUCAUCUGCUCAGCGUCGGCAUUCCAUCUUGCAAAGAAGAGGGAAUGCGAGGAGUCCAAAGGCUCCCUUGAGAAUGUCGCUCUAGAACAUCACAAUAUUGGCAUCACCCAUCUGGCCAAAAACAUCCAACAUUCGAAAAAUGGUGCCGAUUGUGUAUCGCUUCUAGCAUCCAUCAUCAUUUGCAUCUACAAUGAAGCGGUGACACUGCCGACGACAUUCUGGCGGUUACACUUUCGCGGUGCUGUUGAAUGGGUUAACCAUAUUGAUCCGCAGGUUUGGCACAAAAGUGACGCAGCUUCAAGUCUGUAUCAGAUGUUUCGGAGCAUGGCAACCGUUGUGCAAGCUCAAUUGCUCUUUGACAAUCAGGAAACCUCCUACUGGGGAUUUACCAACGACUUUGGUCCUCAGCCUGAACCUUAUACACUGUACGAAUCAUUCGGUCUUCCUCAACCAGUGUACGAAGGUCUUCGCGCAAUGAAUGCUCUUCAAAUGCGGAAAAGAUCUUCUACUGAAAGUGAUCCGUCUCCUGAUGAACUUGACCGGCUGGAGCUGGAGCUUUAUCUAUCAGCACCCAAUAGACCUGAGACAUCAACAGCAAAAGAUUAUGCCGAUCUGAUCUACCACCACGGUUGUAUCUUCUACUACGCCGCUCUAAUUCACAUGAAACGCAAUCUGAAGGACAUGCCGAUGGAUGCGGUGCGUCCACUUGUUGAGAAAUCAUUACCUCAUAUCGAGGCUUUACCUACGUGUACAACCCAACGUUUCUCGCCAAUGAUCUGGCCAGUUGCCAUAAUAGCGUUUGAGAUUGCCGAUGCGUCAACGCAGCAGCGAAUGCUUCAUACUCUCGCGUUCUUUGAGGAGAGAUCAGAGCUGGCGAUCUGGUCACAGAUGACGCAUCUCGUGAAAGAGCUCUGGGCGUUGAGGAAAAGAGAGGGCGCUAAUAUCAAGUGGCAUCAGACCGCACUGGGAAGUAUGAGUGAUAGCUUCAUGCUACUAUGAAUAGGCAUCUCUGAGUGAGUCUGAGAUGCCGAUAACGCAUGUGACGUGGCCAUAGCUUCCCGUUUAUCGGAGUCGUGCCGUCCCGUCGGUGCGCGCUCGUCACCAAUCGCUCGCCCACGUUAUGGAUUCUUUUACGUGGAUUUACCUGAAAUACCCCAACGUGAUGCAGUCUUUCCCCGCAGAGAGAAGUCAGGUGUGUCGUGUGUAUUUACAAAUAUGGAAGCUCGAGCGCGAUGCUCGGGAAUUUGAUGCCGUAAAGUAACACCAAUUAAGAAGUGCUUGAUAUCAACCACAUAACUAUGUCUCCGAUGCACGUUUUUGUUUGUCAACGGUGACAAGAAUCCCUGUACAAAGUUUUCUGGGCAUUUCACAAGCACUGUCCAAACACUUGUCCUCCUCAAAGUCUAUUUCUUGAGUGGUUCGAGAGUUCAAGCCAGAACAAAUGUUUCUCAGUACUUCGUCAGUACGCCCUGAGACAGAGUUACAAAUCAAC